AUGGAGGACCAGUUCGGCGGCCGAACCGAUGAUGACCUCUUCUACGACGACUUCGAGCCCGUCGACAGCGAGCCCAUCGUGGUCCAGGAAGAAACGCAGUACAUUCAGGAACCCUCGCCUGUUGCUUCUGGUGUGCCUGUAGCUCCAGAGCCUGCACAAGCAAGACAAUCCAGGCCCACGAAGUCGUCGCCACCCGCUCAAGCCUCGAACAACAAUGCGCCGUCCCCGUCGCCGUCACCAUCGCAGUCACCGUCACAGACACAACCACAGACCCAGCCCCAGUUCAAGGGCGGCAACUUGUCCUCAUCACGCUUCGCUCGCAAGGGAAACUUGAACAUGAGGCAGCAGUCUACGCCGCCGCCACCAGCAGCAACUAAAUCAUCUGCGCCACACAAGGAAUCUAAAGACAAGGAACAGGGCCAGGAAAGAGAAAAGGAUACCAAAGGCGACAAGGAAAAGGACAGCACUCCACCACCCAAUGCGCCCACAGCUCCUGCCAAGGAUAAGAAAUCUCACGCCCCUCCACAGAAUACAGCUGCGAAUGCAGAAGCACGGCUUCAAUCCGGCGCCAACCCGCGUCAGAAACUCACUGAGGAGGAACUUGCCGCCAAGAUGGAAAAGAUGAAACUGCUGUCAGCAGAAAAGACACGCCAGUUCGAGAGAGCCGAAAAGGACGAGCAACAGCAUGCUCAGGCGUAUGCCAGGGGCAUGGAAGAAGCCCGCAAGCGCAGAGCAGAAGAAGCGGAACGAAGACGCCGGGGAGAAGAGGAGAAACGCAAGCUCGAUGAUGAACGUGCAAAGAAUCGUGAGCGCAAGCUCAAAGCCAUGGGUAUGAAGGAAGGUGGCUGGGACGAGGGCAAGGAGGCCAUUCUGGAGGAAGAAGCCAGAAGGGUUUUUAAGGGAGCCAACGGCGGUAUCAGAGGCACGAAGCGUGGCGGUCUCGCAGGAAGUCGAUAUUCCCGAGAAGUAGACGAUCAACCCGACGUGGACCGCUUCCUGGAUGACCGGCAGCGCAGCAGGGGAAGGGGACGCGGUGGACGUGGAGGCGGUCGCGGACGAGGCGGUGGUCGAGGAGGGUUCGAUGGCUCAGCGCCGAAACCAAAUGACAGCAGUGCACCGGCACCUUCUCUAACUGUGGAAGAUUUCCCAGCACUGCCCUCAGAUGGAACCAGGAAGCCAACUGGACCGGUCGCGCCCGUCGCAUACCCUCCAAAAGCCGCACCAGCCUCUAUCCCGACCUUACCAUCACCACCUCCUGCUGGCGGCAAAUGGGACGAUGAGAUGGAGGCCCUGGAUGAGAUUAGGCAGCAAGGGGAAUCAUAG